AUGAGUUCUCUCCUUAUUGUUGCUGCUCUGUAUGAACUUAUGAAUAAGGGAGCCAAAUUCUUCUCUGAUAGUACUCUUCCAGUUUGCUCAGGAAAUAAUGUCGCUUCAUUUGAAAAAAUCAAUGUUAGUCCAAGUUCUUCAUCAAUGGUGAUUACAAAGUCAAAAGUCCCAACGUACAUCAAUAGAAGGAAGCAAAAUCUUCCUAACAGUUUGCCACCACUGUUAAAAGAUCAAAUUGAUACAAUUUUAAAUCAAUUCAACGAAUUAUCCAAAAUUGAUUUGUCUGAAAAAAGCGCCUCAAUUUACUAUUCUUUUUAUUCACCAGAAUCUAAUAGAUUUGGCUUUUAUUGCCACACUUUCACACCAGUUACUACUAAAACAGGUAUUCCUGGUGUUAGAAUUGAAGAAAUUAGAGUAAUAUCUGAAUUUGAAGGAUUCCAUCGUUUUGCUUCUUCAACCUUUGUUUCACAAGAUAAAUUUACAGAUUCUUCAUCUUCUGAUGAUUUGGACACUGACGGAAUUAUCGGAUCCAUCCAGUUCUCCCUUAUUCCAAUCUCCCUUACAACAGAUAACCUUAAAUUCCUCGAACCAAUCGCUAAGGCCGCAAUAGAGCAAAUUGAUGCAAAGAACUACCCAACAGGAGUUACAGAAGCAAAUGCUGAAGUAGUUAAGCAAAAACUCAACCAAAUGAUCACUGAUGGUUUCAAGAUCAAUUUAUCUAAUUUGAAGGAUGCUGCAAAUCAAAAGUGCAAGAAAUAA